ACUUUUAUAUUCAUUCGACGUUUAAGUCGUAUGAAGUAAAUAUUGAAUUAAAAGAAUAUUUUCCUGUCCUUUGUAACAUUGUAAACUAAUAAUAAUAAUAAAAAAAAAAAAAAAUUGCGGUCAUCGUACAUGUUAAGCUCUGUGCAUAAAUUAUUUUGCAAGGAUCGUUAGUAUGACUGCAUUUUUCAUCUUAUAACCAAAAUUUAAAAGUCAGCAGCAGCAAUGAGUGAAGAAGAUCGCAGUCAGUCGAAUCCACCACCACCACCACCACCACCUCAUGGCCUUCAAGUAGCUAUUGAUUAUAUGCUUGAAAAGAAAAUUGACACCUUACUGUGGUUAACCAGACUUGGAACAAUGAUAUUUACUAUUUUGUCAUUGGUACCUUUAUUUGGUAUCAAUCCUUACACCAGUUAUCAGAGAGCACUUAUGAGUAAUGCAGCUACCAGUGCCCUUCGUCUUCAUCAGAGGAUGCCUAGAGUUCAGUUUACUCGAGAAUUUGGUGCUUUGUUGCUGAUAGAAGAUUCAUGCCACUACUUAUUAUAUUCCAUACUUUUUAUCAUUUCUUAUCCCAUUACUUUAUCUCUACUACCUAUUUUUCUGUUUGCUGUACUUCAUUCAGUAAACUAUAGCAUUAUAAUCUUAAAUAAACUUGGCCAUUAUGAUACUUUUGCUACAAGAUCCCUCAGAUCAAUUGCAGAAAAUCAUCAGCGUAAUAUUCUCAGACUAGUUGCUUUCACAGAGGUGUGCUUGAUGGUUGUAACUGUUUUAUGGCUUUUUAGUGGCAAAGGAAGUUUGCUGACACCUUUUGCUUAUUAUCGAUUUUUGACAUUUCGUUAUGCAUCACGCCGGAAUCCGUACACCAGAAAUGUUUUUAGAGAAAUGCGAAUCAUUCUCGAAAGUUUUGCAAAUAAACCAGGUCGUAAUCAACAGCUGAGAAACUUAUGUCAUAAAGUGAUAAAUUUUACAUCGUAUCUUGCUCCUCCAAUACCUACACAGCAAUAAAAUAAAUUAUUUAUGUAAACAAAUUCUACAUGUGAACUAUGUUUCAAUAUUUUUUGUGUGUCCAGUUUUGUAUGCAUGCUUUGAUGAAGUCUGGAAAUAUUGUUUUCAUUUCGCCAAAGCACUGUUCAAACAACUGUCAUUCCUUCAAACAAAAAAACAUGUGAUCUGAUUGUUGCAUUUCCUUAUUUAUGCACAUAGAUUAUUAUGUAUUAUCACUGAAUAUUUUACUGGUUUCUAUGUAUUUUUCUGUGCUUCAGACCUUUUUAUGAUCUAAUUCUAUAAUAUUUAUUUAGUAUCUGUGGCUAGUUUUUGCAAAUUUCUAUUUUUUAAAUAUUGAUUGUAUUUGUAUUACAUGCAAGUUCUUUAAAAUUCUCCAUAAUGGAAUUUUUUUUAAAGUUCAAAUUAUUUAUGAUUAGGUGUAUCUAAUGAAGUAUAUGUAUAGCUGCUGUUAAAUAAAAUAUUACUUCUUGAGAAUAUUGUAUCUGUUAAAUUAUAAAUCCUUAAAGUUGUAUAUAAUACUUAUCUGCAGUAUUAUUUACAGUAAACAUGUUGCAUACUAAAAAAAACUUUGAUGACUCUUUGUAUAUACAAUUACUUACCUGACUACAGUUUGUAAUUUUUAAACUGUUUCUAAAUGAAUAAUGAUGCAGUAGACUAUGAUAGGCAUUUGGAUUUUUAUAUGACACAACGUAGUAUCAUGACUAAGAAUCUGGGCAUACAUUUAAGCUAUUUUGUCUGAAACUGUAAUAUUGAUUGGAAAAUUUUGCAUGCAUGUAUAGCUGGAUUGGCUACAUUUUUAAAGCAUAAGUAUGUAUACCUUCCCAUAGCAUAAAAAAUAAUGAGUUUAGAAUCUAAGCAUGCAUAUGUAGUACUAAAGUUUGCUUAUAUGUAGGGAAAGGUUAAGAAUGGGAAAAUAUCAGUAUAAAUUUGAAUUUUUUAAACCUUAACUGCCAACUAUUUUAUUAAUUUUUUCUAAAUAAUGGAGAAAUGCGAAUUUUUCAAUCAUGUACGGUCAUAAAAUAAUUACUGUCAAGUACUGACACACUUUAAAAAAUCUGAUAUUUCAGUAAUAAGUAAAUAUACAAGUAGAAUUUUGUUUUCUGUUUGUUUUCAUUUCUAGUCUGGCUUAUAUAAUUAGCUCUGAAGUUUUUGCCGUUUAUUAAAUCCUACUAAGUUGAGAUGAUGAGCAAAGCUAUUAAUUUAUAUAAGUUGUUUAGAAAAUAGAAGUAAAUGUGAAGUAUAUGCAGUAUAGGAUAUGUUCAGCAUUGGGAAAAUAAAUUGUCUUCUUUGUUAAGUAAUAAUAAAGUAACUUAUUUUCAAUGCAAUCACUAUUUAAUUUCUUCUCAAUCUGAAAUGUUUUUAUUUGAAGUUAAACAUUCAGUAUUAGCAAAUAAAUUUACCAAAAUCAUUAUUUUGAUGCAAAUAUAGUUUUAAUUUUCUUUUAGAAUGAAUUUCUCUCUCUUUUUAAAUCUAUAUAGAUAGCUUGAAUUAUGUCAGUAUAUUUAGUAGUCUGGAUUGUUUGGCUUUGUAUUUUUAAAACAAUUUGUUAAAUAUGCUUUUUUUGGUAUGCAUCUAUAAAAACAAGAAAACUAAAGCUGCAAAGAUAAAAAUUACCUUCUACCGUAAUGCAGAGUUUGUUAAAAUUUUGUUACAUUCAAGAAUUUUUUCUUGUCAGGUUAUUUAGUUUGUUGUUUUACUUAUUUUCAAGUUCUGAAUGUGGCAUUCUCCAAAUAUUUCUAUAAGUAUCAACAAAAUUAAAUAAGAUUAUUGUUUAUUGCCAUUGUCAAAUGUUACCUUGAAUUAAAAUUUAUUUAAGCUUUUUGAAUUGACUUACCUAAAUGCAGUGAAUUAGCAUUUUUUUUUUUUUAAAUAUUCAAAUGUUAACUUUAGGUGUUGGGUUGAUCAUUGUUCAUUUCAAAUGUAGAUGCUUGCUUUUUUUACUUUUCUUAAAAAAUAUUUCAGAUGCUCAGGUCAUGAAUUUCCAAGAAACUGAACUUCAUGUUAAAAGAAUGUAGCUAAACAUGAAUUCAUAGAACUCUAAUUUGAAGCGGAAUAGAUGUACUUCUUUUGCAAUUCAUCUUUUGCGUUAAAUUUUAAUUUUAGAGUUUGUAAUUAGAUUUUGGAAGUAUAUUUUUUUUUAAGUUCUAAUGUUCUUGUUAAUUUUAUAUUUUUGUGUCAUAAUAAUCUUCAGUUCAUAAUCUGCAGAUUAAUUUGCAGUUUGUCACUUCCCUUCUUAUUACACACACAGAAAGAGUUAUGUAUAUAGUUUUUAAUGCAUAAUAAUAAUCAUGAGUUUUAUUUGCAAAUGAAUUUACACUCACACAUCGUAAAUAAUAAAUAUUUAUAAUUUCAUUUUUAAAAAUUCUGUAACAUUAACUUGUAGUAUAUUUGCAAGUGAAAGGUUAUUUAUGAAUGUUAUAAUUCUUUACAUUUUCUUCAAUUCAUAUUCAAAUUUAAUGCUGUUUUUAUUGCAUUUUAGUGCAAUUGUACCAAUUGUUUUUUUAUUUCUUCGCAGAUUAAGAGUUUUUAAAAUAUAUUUUGGAUAUUUUAUAGUACAGGCAUUCUUAUGCAAAGUAAACAUUAUAUGCCAUUUAACUGAUUCAAAGAAGAAUCUGAAUCAUUUGAAAGAGUUGUUUUCCAAUCUCCCCUUUUUUUGGUAUAUUUAAAAACAAUUAUCAUAGAAAUUUCUCUUUUGCUAAAGGAAAUUAGUCAUGUCAGCUAUAUGUAUAAUAUAAUCAGUCUUUGGAAUAUUAAAUACAUAAUUUUGAGUCAGCUUUCAUUUUCUGUGACCUAAAACGUGCAACUUACGUCGACUUGCAAAAUUCAGGUCUUUAUAUUCAGUGUGUUUAAAAAAGAUUGCACAGUUAAAUGUCACUCAAAUGGUUGGUCAUAGACUUAGUGGUCAACUUUAAGAAAUGUACAAAAUAAAUAGGCUCUCAAACUGUGAUAGUAUUUUGGUUUGCAUAUUUUUUAUUGAAAAUAUACAAAAUUAAAUUUUUUAAAAAUUAUCCCUUUCUGCAAAUCUAGGAUUAAUAAGUCAUUUUUUUUCCCUAGUAAAUGUUUUGUAGAAAAAAGACCUGAUCAACAUUAUGAAAAAUGAGCACUGAAAUGUAUGGUUAAAAUUUCAUCCGAUGAAGGAAAGGAAGAACAAAAGUUUAAGGAUUUGAAUACAAAUUUAAUUCCACCAAUCUGAAGCUGGCAUUUCUGUAGAUGGGAAAAGUGCUUCUAAAUUAAUAUUUUACUAUUAUGAAUGCUUGUACUACAUGUUUCACUAUUUGGCUUCAUGAUGCAUAAAUGAGUACUACAUGUUUUUAUAAGUAUUUGAGCAAGUUUCACAUUUUGUAAUAAACAAUUUGAGUAUUUUUUAUUAAAUAAGCUACUAAAAGGUAUCACAUGGCCAAAAUUGUCAUAUUUUGAAGGUUUACUUGAUAUUCUAAAUUGAAAUGAUAGGUCUACUGCUAACUAUUCAAGAAUUAUGUAAUAGAAUAAUUUUUCAAAAAUAUUUUUCAUAUAAAUAAUACAAAGUUGCUUCUUUCAGAACUUAAUUGCUAAAAUUCCUCAACAGGAAAAUUUGGAAAUUUUUCACUUUGAACAUUUUGAGUUUUGAUCAGACGGAAGAACCUUUUUAUACAAGCUUCAUCAUUCUACCUCAUUACUUUUUUUUUGCUAACAUAAUUUGCACUUGGUAUUUCAAAAUAUACAUCUUUUAAGAACUUCAUUGUGAAAAGUCCAGUUAGAGUAAUUAUCUUUAUAUGCAUAUUAUAAAUUUAUUUUAUUGGUUUGUAUGAAAUUGUGCAUAAUUAUAAUAAUGAAACCUAACAAUGAACUUUUCUACCUAAUAUAAAUUAAAACUUUUUAUCUUAAAUGUUUGUCUGUUAAAAUUCCUGCUGAAGAUGUAAUUUUGAGAAAUAUUAUACCUAUAAGAAGAAUUAAAAAAGUGUUUUUAUUUCUACUUAAUGGAAGUAAUAUUUGUGUAUGAUACAAAAUUACACGGAUUUUUAAUUUAUUUUCUGGCCUAACAUCAUAGUUGCAAACUAGAUUUAUUUCACUUUAUAUUUACUUUUGUGCACAUUUCUGUAAUGUGAAAUAGUCAUGUAAUGUAUGUUAAAAUAGACAGAAGGCACAAUAAAAUGAGGAAAUAUAUUCAUUAUUUCUGAAGUUAUGUUUUAUACAUAAUGUAAUAAUUAAGAUAAACUGAAAUAUUAAAUCAUCAAAAGAUGAGCAAGAGCUGAAAUUUGUUAUGUAUGCAAUCUUGUUUAUACAUAUGAAUUAUAAAUUUUGUAUUCACUUGGUACUGAAAUUUUUUCUUGUACAUUAAAAAUAAAAACAGUUCUAUUUAAUAUUUA